CACACCGGAAACUGUCAUCCCCCCAUUCCCCUUGGUGACUGUCACUUCCGUGUGAUCGCAUUAAGCAACACGCCGCUGCGCGACACACUCACGUACACACACUGAAGUCUCAACCGUGGUCAAAAACCGGAUUUAUCACACCGAAAUGCAUAUCAAAACAGGUACCUGGGAGUCAAGCAAUGCAGCGUGCGAGUCCGACCCCUUGUGUGAUCCGGCUGUCUUAGUGUCACCCCAUAAACCAGAACCUCAGAUCCGAAACCGUCGCCUCUCCCCCGGCUCUGGCAGCUGUGGUGGGGGAGGAGGGGGCUGUCCCUCUGGGAUGGAUAAACGUCAAGGCUCCACGAGUAGCCUGGAAGGUUCUCUGAAUGGGGUGGGUCACACCCAGACCUUCACGUCGAGAGAGCGUCGACUCCACAAUAAGUCAAGAAGCUUUCGGCGUGAUGGUCCGAGGGCGGGCCCACGCUCAGAUGAGAGACACACCAGAACCGGUCAGAAGGAACGAUGGGUAGACAACAGCCUGUCUUUACUCAGACCUCCACCUGCUUUCCCAGUGAAAGACAGCCCUGCCAAACUGCAGCCGGCCGUCAGCUACGCCUCCAAAGUGAAAGCAGGAGGAGGUUCUGUGGGGGCGACUGAAGAGCCCCCUGGUAUCGGGGUUUUGCUGCAGAACCAGUGGGGACUCAGCUUCAUCAGCGACAGCCCGGAGGCAGAUACUCCCCAGGAGAAGAAUCCCGUUUUCCAUCCGGUUGCUGGAGAGGUUACUGUAAAACCCGCCCAUGUCUCUUCAGAGUCUCUGCCUGGUCAGGUCACGAGAGGCUCCGAGAGUUCAGAAGAGCUGCUGCUCAGCUGUCGCCACCUGGAGGAAGCAUUGGAGUAUCACACACAAGAAUGGAAAGCAAUAUAUUGGAGACAAAAACAAGACCCUGCAAAGAUUGUAUGGUACAAGAACGCCCUGGAGUCACCCGCCUAGCACACAAACACGCAUACACACACAAUCAAGACACACACACACACACCCCACACUCAGGUUCUCAUCCCCUCAACAUUUCUACCGAGACACUUUGGACUUGUUUCCCUAUGAAGAUAGAUGUCUUGGACUUCUCGGUUGCCUUACAACAGAAUCUGCCUCAGGCGCAGAGUCCCUCUGCAUACCUCUGUCAUUUUAAUGGUGGAUAAUUGUCUUUUAAAGAAACAAAAACUGCAAUUUUAUUUAAGUGAACUGCAGUUUUACAGUUAAAAAAUCUUUUAUUCCUCCCUUGUUCCUACUUGUGUGUGAGUGGUUAAAUCGAGCACUUUUUGACCUUUAGUUGAACAUGUCAUCCCUUUCUCUAAAGACUGAGCUCGUUUUUAGAACCAGAUCCAGAAUGUCUUCAUCAGUCUUCCCUCCUGUGAAAAUCCCUUUCUUGCCACAUAAAUUGUUCUCAUGAAGUUUACAGAGGUGACAUUGGCACAUUAUGGCAGCACCUUCAAAUGUCUAUUGGUCUUAAUGCUGUUUUUAAUAUAUAUAUUUCACCCAGAUUCAAUGGCGGUCAUAAAUCCUAAUAGGAAUUUGUUACUGUGUAUGACCUCUUUUUUUUUUUUUUAACACAAAUAUUUACACUGGAAGAUGUUCAGAGAUUUAAUCAGUGUUGCAUAAUAAAAAUGAAUAAACUUGUUAAAAUA